ACCCCGAAGCCUCUUCCCUCUGAACCCCACAGUCAGGUCCUCAGGCUGGGGACCGGCUGGAUGGGAGCCCAGGCCCCAGGCUGCUCAGGAGUUGCCUCUCACCCUGGCUCUCCCCACAUCUUGCAGCCUGUUGUAGCAGGGGUCUGGGGCACCAUGGCCCAGGCCCUAGGGGAGGACCUGGUGCAAACUUCAGAGCUACAGGAUGACUCCAGCUCUUUGGGAUCUGACUCCGAGCUGAGUGGGCCCGGCCCAUAUCGCCAGGCUGACCGCUAUGGCUUCAUUGGGGGCAGCUCAGCAGAGCCAGGGCCCGGUCACCCUCCUGCAGACCUUAUCCGCCAGCGAGAGAUGAAGUGGGUAGAGAUGACCUCACACUGGGAGAAAACCAUGUCUCGGCGAUACAAGAAGGUAAAGAUGCAGUGCCGGAAAGGCAUCCCCUCGGCUCUGCGGGCCCGGUGCUGGCCUCUGUUGUGCGGGGCCCAAGUGUGUCAAAAGAACAGCCCCGACACCUAUAAGGAACUGGCCAAGGCCCCUGGAGACCCACAUUGGAUGGAGACCAUCAGCAGGGACCUGCACCGCCAGUUCCCUCUGCACGAGAUGUUUGUGUCACCUCAGGGUCAUGGGCAGCAGGGGCUCCUGCAGGUACUCAAGGCCUACACGCUGCAUCGGCCCGAACAGGGCUACUGUCAGGCCCAGGGCCCUGUGGCUGCUGUGCUGCUCAUGCACCUGCCCCCAGAGGAGGCCUUCUGGUGCCUGGUGCAGAUUUGUGAGGUCUACCUCCCUGGCUACUACGGGCCCCACAUGGAGGCUGUGCAGCUGGACGCUGAAGUGUUCGCGGCCCUGCUCCGGCGGCUGCUCCCGCGCGUGCACAAGCACCUGCAGCAGGUGGGCGUCGGGCCUCUGCUGUACCUGCCCGAGUGGUUCCUGUGCCUCUUCGCCCGCUCCCUGCCCUUCCCCACGGUGCUGCGCGUCUGGGAUGCCUUCCUCAGCGAGGGUGUGAAGGUGCUGUUCCGUGUGGGGCUGACGCUGGUGCGCCUGGCGUUGGGCACCACAGAACAGCGCCUGGCCUGCCCGGGCCUCCUGGAGACGCUCGGUGCCCUACGAGCCAUCCCCCCCACCCAGCUGCAGGAGGAGGUCUUCAUGUCUCAGGUGCACAGCGUGGCCCUGUCUGAGCAUGACCUUCAGCGGGAGAUCAGGGCCCAGCUGGCCCAGCUGCCUCAGUCAACGUCCGGGCCACCCCCAAGGCCGCAGGCCCGCCUGCCUGGGGCCCAGGCCAUCUUCGAGGCCCAGCAGCUGGCAGGAGCGCGGGGAGGCGCCAGACCCGAGGUGCCCCGAAUAGUGGUGCAGCCCCCGGAGGAGCCCAGGCCACCACGGCGCAAGCCCCAGACCCGAGGCAAGACUUUCCACGGGCUCCUGACUCGGUCCCGGGGCCCUCCUGUUGAGGGCCCCUCCAGGUCUCAUCGAAGCUCCACCUCCUUCCUGGAUACCCGAUUCUGAAGGUCUCACUGCUGAGCCCGGCCUCUCCUAGUCCAGCCCCGGUUUGGUUGGAACAGGAUACACUGCGGCUGCCCAUUGGCUGAUGAAAGGUGGUUGCCAGCAACAGGAGCCAAUGGUAAGCCGCCUUGCCGGGCCUCUGGUGGGGGGCGGGGCAGGUAAGGCUCUGGCACCUGUGGAAGGAGGGUUCCCCCAGUGGAUGCUGGGCCCAGGAGGGGGCUCUGUCCCCUAUUCCUCCCCUCCCCCCCACCAGGCUGGUUCAGGACCCCCAAGGAUGGGGGUACUCUAACCCAAGCCCGCCCCCCACCCAUGGUCCUGGUCUGGUCCUCGGAGACAGCUGCGCAAGAACAAAAGCCUACUGUGCCAGGACAAAGGCCCCUUGCCCCCUUCCAAAGCCUUGACUGCACCCUCUUGGGACUGCUGCCAUGGAAACUCCCUCCCACAUUCGAUAAUUGCCCCUGUGGGUGCCUGGGGUGCCUGGGACACGAGCCAUCGCCAGGACAACAGGGCCGGUUCCGAUGCAGGCUGUGUCCCUACAGUGCCCAUUCCCGGGUGCCCUGCCUCCCCGGAGGCCCGCCCCUGCAGGGUGGAGGGUGGAGAGUGGAGGGUGGAGGGUGGCAGGGCAUGGUGGGACUCUGGAGUACUGGGACAAAGCAUCUGGACUCUUACUUAGAUGGUGGAGUAUUCAAUCUGUUCCUCCCAAUGGCUGUGCUGGAACACCAGCCUGGCCACUGGUCAGACCCCUGAUUUGGAAUGUUCUGGUGACAGGGCCACCGGCUGUAGGCACGCACCUGCUCUUACAUAUGUUCAUAUAGCGCUUCUUAUGUGCCUGGCCAGGCCCUGGCUCUGGGGCCAACCAUCCUGCACCCAAGGAGCCUAUGGCCCGGAAGAGAGAACACAGAGGUCCGGAUCCAGAUCUGCGGAGUUUCCUGGGGGAAACCGAGGCUCAGAAAGGGAGGGAACUUGGCCAAGACCUCGCUGCCCAUGGCAGACCCAAGGUUUAUCCCUGCCUCCGUACCGGCAGCCAUGAACCUGUCCCCCCUAUAGCUGGGCACCCACCCAGCUCUGUCCUCCUGGGGAUGUUUUCUCUCCUGCUCCCACCCACUCCCUAGCCCUGCCCCAGCCCCUUGGAAUGUGGGGCAGCGGCUGGGCCCCUGUGAGUUAAAGAGAGCUUCCAGGGCCUUCCCUUCCUCCUCCCCACCCCACUAAAGUACCUGUCUGUAGCUUAACAAUAACCUAGUCAUCUGCAAUUCCCAGAAUACUUUCUCAGAGCCCCCCUCCCCCCCCCCCCCCGCAGGUAGCACUGAUAGCCUUAUUACAAAAGGGGGCAAGUGGAGGCUGGCGAAGCUGAGUGCCCAGCCCAAGAUCACAGUGAGGGGCAGAGCCACUAGGGUACAGGGCUCAGUGAGUUCUAGGCACCUUAGGCUUAAGGCAUAGAAUGCAGUCUUUGUAGCAGAUAGAGUGGGGGGAUCUGCUCCUAGAGUCUGCUCAUAAACUCCCUACCCUCCAUGGGCUCAGCUCCUCUGCUGGGAGAGUGGGGAAGCAGGAAAGCAGCAAUCUCGGCCCUGGGCCCCGGGGAAUCUGUCGUGAGGCUGGGAGGGAGGCCAUGGUGACAGUGGGUCCCACUGGCUAGAGACCCUAGGGGCAAAUGGUCUCCGGCAGGACUCCUCCAGCUAGGGCUGAGUCACUGUGUUUUCUACUCGGGGAAGCAUGGCAGGUGCCAUUAUCAACCAUCUACGUGGGGAACCCGAGCCAGGCGGGGUGUGGGGGGCGUCCAACCAGAAGAGAACUAGCUCCCUCCUCGUGUAAACCCUUACCUGCGCACGACAUCCUCACAAGACUAUGCUAGCCGCUAGGACACCUGCACGCUACUUGGGAAAAGAUCUGUCUCCUCCAGGCACCUGCAGCUCCACGUGGCAGAGGGAAGGUCACCACUGAGCUGGGUACCUUUGUGCAGUGAGCAACCUGCACAACCACACUCAGUAAACCUGGCAGCCCCGGCUCCCGACAAACCUGCUCGGAAAGGGGCUCAGGGAAGGCAAGCCAUACUUCUGACAGCACUCAGCCCGCAGGGACUGAAGCUGGGAUGGCGCCCAGUGAUGUCCAUUGGCCUGGGACGGCCCAAGGGACAGGAGUAGGGGCCAAGCAAAAAAGUGGAAGGGCAGGGGCGCCUGGCUGGCUUAGUCGGAAGAGCAUGUGACUCUUGAUCUCGGGGUCAUGAGUUUGAGUUCCACAUUGGGUGGAGAGAUUACUUAAAAAUAAACAAAUAAACGGGGGCGCCUGGGUGGCUCAGUCUGUUGAGCGGCCGACUUCAGCUCGGGUCACGAUCUCAUGAUUUGUGAGUUCGAGCCCCCACGUCGGGCUCGCUGCUGUCAGAGAGGAGCCUGCUUCAGAUCUUCUGUCCCCCCACCCCGACUGCUCCCCCACUUACCUGCUGUCUCUCAAAAUAACCGAACAUUUGAAAUAAACAAACAAACUUACUAGUGGAAGGCAGUUGGAUCCCCGCCAUGGCCCCCAUCUUGGGCCGCCACCCACCCAGGGGGUCCCCCCAUCCCCACACCGUCCGGAAGCCAAACUUGGGCUCCCCGCAGUCCUCACACAGGAAAUGCCCUCUUACCCUCUGAGCCUCGCUUGCCUCAUCUGUAAGUGGCAGAGACUCUCGUAACUGCCCCCUCACAGGGUGAAGGGAGAUACAGCACGCAAAGCCCUCCGCACAGCACAAAGUCAAGACACGCUACAGGGGAGCGCUUACCUUCUGCUAGGUGCCCCCUGCCCUGCCAAGCCUGGGCUAACAUUUGCACCAUAAUCCCCACUCGAGGAUGAAAAACCUGAGUCUGCAGAGGCUGCAUGGCUUGUGUUAAAAACAGGAGGCUCGGGGCGCCUGGGUGGCUCAGUCGACUUCAGCUCAGGUCGUGAUCUCGCGGUCUGUGAGUUCGAGCCCCGCGUGGGGCCCUGUGCUGACAGCUCAGAGCCCGGAGCCUGCUUCAGGUUCUGUGUCUCCCUCUGUCUCUGCCCCUCCCCUGCUCACACUCUGUCU